GACGGACCGCACUGUACACACGCCCGUCAAGUCGUCCUCUGUGAGUGUUGUUGCUAUUUAGCGUCUUUAGCGGGUUGAUAAUUUGUGUCCAGCGGGUUAACCAACAGUCUGAAUUAUAAUAUAACCGCUAACUGACGGUUGGACGAUGACAUCCAGAGGGACACCGAGCCGCUUCCUUCAGAGUGUUCUGCAGAACGGUGUCGGUCGGUAUGUCUGCCAGCUGAAACGGAUCUCCAUCAUCUUCUCCAGAAAUGCACAGAGCUCGUUGGGAGUCAGGGAGUUUAUUGAAGAGGGAGUGGUGGAUUAUGCCAAGAAGAACCCUGCAACUGUCGUGUAUGUGUCUCCUCAGGCAUGCAGGAUACCCAAAAUAGUUGCAGAAUACUUAAACGGCAACGUGAGGGAAGAAAUUGUCACAAGCAAAACAUCUCCGCAGAUUUCAGAGCUCUUGACCAAGCUGACCAAUCAGUCUGGCCUGGACAUCAUCCGCAUCCGCAAGCCCUUCCACACAGACAACCCCAGUAUCCAGGGCCAGUGGCACCCGUUCACCAACCGGCCCCCAUCUAUCGGCCCCAUCAGACCACACAAACAGGACUCUGAAUAAGGACUAACUAGAGUUUAACGUCAGACCAUUUGUGCUUAAUUUCUGAUUACCCUUGCAAGAUAAUUAUGUCCAUUUUAGAAGUGUCUGCAAUCUCAAUUAAAUCACAGGUCAGGUUGUUCUCUUUUCCAGUGUGUGCAAUUCUGCAGAAGACCCCGCUAUCGACUGAAUAUUUUUUACCAUGCCCUUCUGUCUUGUGGUGGCAGCAAAGCCUCAUCAGCGGUGCAGGAAAGUGCACACAGCAACAGCUCUGAAUGCCACAUUUGAAUAGAUUUUACAUGAAUCCCCCAGAGACCUGUCAGCUGGCAUAUUAAAAAGCAGAUAACAGUUUUUAUUUUCAAGGUUAUUUGAAGAUUUGUUUAAUAAAGUGCAGCACUAUGAGAGCAGAUGUGUGAAAUAAAGAAAAGUAUUUUUUGUGCAAA